AUGCGAGGAUUGGAAUGCGAUAACAUGGGAGAGAAGGUUGACGGCCGGCAGUUACGCCAUCUUCGUUUCGCUGAUGACAUCGUUCUUAUAACAUCAAGCAUCAAUCAGGCGGAGCUGAUGCUGGCCGAAUUUGAUGAAACGUGUAAGAAGAUCGGUCUUCAGCCGAACCUAGACAAGACAGUGUUCAUGAGGAACGGAUGGGUUUUUGAUGCUCCACUCACGCUCAAAGGUGCGAACAUAUCCGAAUGCUCCAGCUAUGUAUAUCUAAGUCGGGAAAUCAACAUGAUGAACGACCUCCAAACUGGGCAGAAGAAAAAGAGCGGCUUGGGGAGCAUUCAAGAGCAUCGAGGAUGUAGUGAAGAGGACCAAGAACAUCCAGCUCCGUGCUCACCUAUUACAACCACCGUUCUUCCUGCUUUGACCAACGCUUCAGAAACGUGUGUGUUUCGCAAGCAAGAAGAAAAUGCGAUUAGCGUCAUAGAACGCGGUAUUGAAAGGGUGAUGCUAGGAGUAACCCGCUAA